GUGCGGUUCCAUUAACGGUGAUUUCAGGAGGAGCGGCAGGUUUAACCGCGGUGUCUGGAAGCGCGGUGUCUCUCACACUGCUGGGGUACUGAGGUACUGAUGUACUGAUGCUGGAUCACUGUGGAUCAGUGUGCGCUGUGCGUCUAGAUGACCUAGUGAUGAUCUGGAGACUGGCUGCUGUAGCUCUUACAGGUUCACUGGUGCUUGUAGAUGCAGGGGUGCUGUGUGAAACACUGACUUUCUCCAGGUCUCUUCCAGAGGACUUCAGCGCUUUUCGGACCAAACGGUCGCUCCAGUCCAACUUCGUAGAAUGUACGACUCCCGUGAGUCCCAGAGAGCACACAGCCCUGGAGAGCAACACGUACGAGACUGUCUUCCACGGAGAUGACGGAUCUAGUUUUAUUCUAGCACGGGUAGGCGAUGGAACUGGGGUUAUUCUGGUUUUAUCCACAGUUACCGCGCCACUGGAAUCCAUUUAUGAGCGUGGCUCCAUGCGACUGUACAGGAGUGAAGAUUUUGGGAAAUCCUUUCAUGACAUCUCGUAUACCAUCAACAGUUCCUUCAUAAGAAAGGACUUUGGGAUAUCUGUUGGACCGGGGAAUUCACAGCAGGUGAUUUUGACAGCUGAGCUACCCAUUACCAGUGUCCCAGGAGGACUUAUAUUUACCUCCACAGACUCAGGAAAGACGUUCAGACCAGUACAGCUGCCAUUCCACCCAGCUCAGCCCAUUUCCUUCCAUCACCACAACCCAGACUGCCUCUUGGUCAUCAGCACCAAGGGCAGUCUAUGGCUCUCACAGAACUUUGGGAGCAGCUGGUCUAAAAUCCAUGACGGAGUUUACUCUUUUACAUGGGGACCUGGCGACACUCUUUUUUUCAGUUAUAGCCCUAAAGACACAGCGGAGGCCGACAGGCGAGGAGACCUUUUCUUGAGACGCACGCAGGACCUGGGCCGAACCUUCUCCACCAUCGCUCAGAAUAUUUUCUCGUUUGGCUACAUUGGAGGCUUCCUCUUCACCUCCGUCAUGGAGAGACCGGGUUCUCCUCGGGCUAUUUACGUGUCUUCGGACCAUGGCGAUCGAUUCACCAAAGCCGUACUCCCAUCAGCCACCUCAGAGCAGUUCUACUCCGUUCUGGAUGGUGAUGAAGAUAUGAUCUUCAUGCACGUGGAUAGCCCUGGAGAUGAGACGUAUUUUGGGACAGUGUACACGUCUGAUGACCGCGGCAUCCUGUACUCCAAGUCUCUCGAACGGCAUCUGUUCGGUGGCGAAAGGAAGAGCGACUUUACAAAUGUGACGUCAUUGCGAGGAGCAUAUCUCACCAAUGUUUUGGAGGAGGAUGGACGGAUUUGCACAGUCAUCACAUUCAAUAACGGUGGAAAAUGGCGGCCAGUAAAAAAGCCGAAAAACGUGGAAUGCGAAGGAAGAGUUAAAAGGUGUAACUUGCACAUUCAUGGAGAGCACAGCCACUACAGCGGCAUUUCUCCCAUGCUGCCUCUGUCUCAUCCUUCUGCUGUUGGUCUGAUCAUUGCUCAUGGCAGUGUCGGGGACUCCAUUUCUGUGUCUAAGCCGGACGUGUACGUGUCCUCGGAUGGAGGGUACAACUGGAUACGUGCGCUGAGAGGACCUCACCAGUAUGGCAUACUGGAUUCAGGAGGCCUGAUUGUGGCUGUGGAGGUUCGCAGAGAUCGACAGGCUAAUGCGAUAAAAUUCUCCACAGAUGAGGGUCAAUGUUGGAAGGCUUAUAAUUUCACAGAGCAUCCCAUCUUCUUCGCUGGCAUUGCAGCUGAGCCUGGUGCCAAGACUCUGAACAUCAGUGUGUUCGGUUACCGGCCUGAUGAUGACGAUCAGCCCACGUGGGUUGCAGUGACUAUAGACUUUGAGCAGCUUCUAACCAGAGAAUGUGGUGAACCGGACUACAUCGAGUGGUUGGCCCACUCUGAUGAAGGAGAACAAGAUACAGAGACAGGUGGAUGUGUCUUAGGCUACAAGGAAACUUUUCAGAGGCUGAGGAAGACAUCAGUCUGCAGAAAGGGGCGCAACUACGUGGUCAGUAAGCACCAGAAAUCGUGUCCCUGCUCCAGAGAGGAUUACAUGUGUGAUUAUGGUUAUUACCAACAUGAAAACAGCUCUGAAUGUGUGAAACAGCCUGCGUUCACAAACCAAACACUGGAGAGCUGUUUCAGUGGGGAGGUAGAGGAGCUCCAGACAACAGGGUAUCGAAAGCUUCCCAGUGAUAAAUGUGAGGGUGGCUUUAGCCCCCCACGUCAGAUGGAUGCCGCCAAAAUGCAUUGUGGGAAUACCAGCCAGCCUCCCCCUACCAGCCAUCAGCCUAAUAGACUAGGGGUGUGGUUGCUGAUUGUGAUAAGUGUCAGUGUGGGGGCUGUAGCUCUGACUAUCGUUACCGCAGUUAUCAUAACAGUCCAGAGGAUGAACUACAGGCAAAGGUUGACAUCCUUCCAAUUCUCAGCUCUUCAGCUGCAUGAGGAUGAAUUGUGCACUGCCUUUGCAAGCACUCCAAGCAGUAACCAAGCUGUCUACCAAGAAGAAUCGGAUGAUGUUGUUUUCAACAGCAUGAACACCGUUGUUCCUGAAUCUCACACAGAUCUGAAAUGCUGAGCAACUUUAUUUCACAAACUCUUCUUGCUGUCCAUUCAGUAUUCACGCUCGAAUGAGUUGUUUUUUUUUUUGUUUUUGUUUUUUGCUGAGAUGGAAAUAAAACUCAUUAACAACACAGCAACACGAUUAAAAAGUGUGGGUCUGUUCACCAGACUCACAUGCUGGUAAUGUUCACACUAAAUCACCCCCCCCCCCCCCCCCCCCCCCCCCAUAUGCACAUAACUUAUGAUUGGAUUAUAUAACAUGCAUUUACAGUACAGUGCCCCCCAAAAGUAUUGGAAUGGCAAGGCCAAUUCUUUUGCAAUUCUUUAUUCAGUUAUUGCAAACAAGAUAUAUUCAACCAAACAUUAAGUGUUACUUACCUUAAUUUCAGGGCAGUGGUAGCUCAGUGUUUAAGAUGUUGGACUAUUGAUUGGAAGCUCCUGAGUUCAAAUCCCAGCACUGCCAAGCUGCCGCUCCUGGGCCCUUGAGCAAGGCCCUUAUCACUCAACUGCUCAGUUAUACAAAUGAGAUAAAAUGUAUAUUACUCUGGAGAAGGGUGUCUGCCAAAUGGUGUAAGUUGUUAAACACAUAUAGAUGGAAAUGAAAACUGAAAUUUAUCAUCUUAUAUUCAUCUUUUGAUCUCAAACCCAAAUGUCUUCAGUAUAUUGCAAAAACAAAAGCAUUGGACUUGCUGUUCCGAUACUUUUGGAGGGGAUUGUAAAUGGUCUAAAGUCAGAAUGAACAUCCCAGUUUACCAUGACUCACUAUGCCCUUGCAUGGCCUAGAUCUUUUACAUAAGCGACAAGCUAUUUAAUGCCUGACCAAACCACCUAUACAUAAAGAUAAAAACUCUGAGUCUCAAACCGUAAUUGGAUGGUCAUUCCAUAGGCGUGCGGGCUUUGUACAGCCCCUUGCUGUAGUUUACUACUUUAAGCGGUGCUGUCUCAGUACUGUAUAUGCAAGUAUAAAUUUAGCCAUGUUACAUUUUGGAGAUGAAGAGGUUUGAUAUUGGAGGUUUAAAUCGCUUCUGGUAGUUAUUCGUUUUAGGAUAAUUUGAGGGUAUCAGACCUAGUACACAAACUGAUAUUGAGAAGGAAAUCAGUGCAAUUAAUUCCAUCUGUUGAAUUAAACAAUCUAUAUUGUA